AAAAUCAAUGUUCUGCAAUUAUCUCUGGUUGUUCGCAAAUUCGGCGAUAAAAGUAGAACACCGGUAUUAUCGACAUUGGACGCGAUGUGAAUCCUUCUCACACAGGGUCACCUAAGUCUGACCUGUAUGUGACGCCGACGCCGACGCCGACGCCGACGCGGCACGUUCCGAGGGGAAAUGAGAGAUUAAAUAGUAACAGUAUUCAAAAGUUUGAAACACGUUCAUUCAAGACUUAGCCGUUUUCUACUUGAACGUACAUAUAAGCUGCGAGGCCUCGUCGCGUGAGCAAAAUAGCAGGAUUCGUCGUUCAAUCGACGUUCCUUCUCCCUGAAGAAACAGUUCGAACGUGCAAGUUUUAGGUUUUAGGUUAUAGAGAGAGAGAGAGAGAGAGAGAGAGACUAGCGUUCAGCUCAAUGUAAACUAAUGUGAACGGCAAGGUGGAACGAUCAGUCAAUUCUGUCAGUUCGGAAACAUAGCAAGCCUUAUGUAUUGGAAUAGAACGACGGCCGGUGUUGUGCGCGAAGAAAUGCCGCUGAGUUCGAUAAGUCAUACCGCGAGUACGACUACCACCGACACAGUGGAGAGUGUAAACCCUGGUACGAGCACGCAGAUAACAUCAGCCUGCUGCACCGUCCUACCACCACCGCCUUAUCAUAAUAUUAAUUUGCCUCUCGGACAUCCCUCCACGUUGACCAAUGAACGUGGUGCACCGCCGUCAUAUGAGGAAGCGAUAGAUCCUAAUGAUGUGGUAAAUAUCCUCCUGAUGUCGCUUGCAGCUCCACCGCCGUCUUACGAUUCCCUGUUUGGUCGUAUGAGGGAAGCUCGCAAAGUCUCGAAAGGCAUAUUUGACUUUUUGAAGAAUAUCAUCUUCCUACUCCUGGGCACAAUCGGCUGUACCAUCAUUCUUGGAGUAACGAUAGUGGUGCCAAUUUGUAUGAUGGUCAUUGGGGGACUGUAUCUUUACGAUUGCCCACAGGGUGAAUACAUUCCCGUAUACUUGUUAGUGGGUGGUGGAUUCGGAGUAUUUAAACAAUUGUUACACUUGUCAGCUAGAGUGAGACAGCGUCAAGAAGAAAGAGACGAAGAAAGGAUAAGGCAAUCACCCACACAGACUCUGAUCAAUUGCUUUAUGCUUGGUUGGUUUAUUAUUGGCUCUAUGUGGGUAUACAAAGAAUACGAGCCAAAUUAUGAUCCAGCACUGGGAAAGUAUUGCAACAAGACGUUAUAUCUGUUCGCCUUCUGGCUGAUCACAUCGGUCUAUAUAUGCUUGGGUGUUGUAACAGCUGGCCUGUGCAGUAUCUCCGUAGCUAGUAUCGCAUUUCAGAGAUCGCCGCCGCAGGUCUGAAACAGUGCGGCCUCGUGUUCGUGUUCACUUCUCUGAAAUGGCAUGUCCUACACCCAGGACCAUCCGUAUUUAACAAAAGUCGAGAACACAUGCAGCUUACUACAUACUCAUACGAUAAAGAGAUACAUAGCUCAUGUUGUAUGCGUUAACGGAUAAUCAGAAGCGAAUGCCGUCUCGCGUUACGUGAUCCUCGAUUUCUCAUGGGAGCGUCAAAACUCCCUCUUGGUCGUUAAAUACGGAUCCAUUCUUUUAUACACCGAGUACGCCAAUAAUCGGAUCGAAAGUUUAAAUAUGGAGGCUAUCUCCACUUUGUACAUAGAGAUAUACGAAUGUACAUGUUGUAAACGUUUAAAAAUCUCAUUUUGGGAGCAACCGACGAAAGUCGCUCGCUGUGAGCGACCGCGACAUCGUCUUUUCGUCGAAACGAGUCGCUUUGGAGGAAAAAAAGAAGGGGGGAGGGGGCGGGCGCAAAAAUUUCGUCCACGUUUACGUACCUGAGAUGCUUAAACGACUAUUUCGGAAGAAAUCGUUGGCACGUUAAACGCACAUAGAGUAUUCGCGCGCGCGCGCGCGCGCGCACGCGAUACGAAUCUCAAACAGAAGAUUGUCUAAAGGACUUGACAUUCGCGCAAUGAGGCGCGGUUGUCCUCUUUUAAGUUAAUUCGAUAAUCAGACGACGCGACGGCGUCGCAACGCCAAGUAGAAUCGAUUCGAUUUUAUCGAGAGUUAUUAUAUUUCCCGGGGGAAAUUGUUGAAAAUAUGACACAUCAUCAACAUGUUAGUUCUCUCUCUCUCUCU